CAACCUUUUUGAUCUACUUGCGUCACUGGAAAAAAAAACCUCAGUAUGAGCUGUGUGUUUCUUAUCAAUGCACCUGCAAAGAGGGAGUGUACUAAGCAACAUCAUUCCAUACCUGCUGUAGGUGAGACAUCCAGACAGACAGGUUAAGCCAGAUUCUCUAAUCUGCCUAGGGCCAGAUUUGACAAUCUAAGAACUGGCCGAUGUAGGGGAAAAGGUGAAAAACAAAACCACAUAGAGGGAAAGGACUCUCAAAUCUCAGGGAGAGAAGAGCACCCAAGAAUAACAGAAAGAAUGAAAGCAAAGAGAGACUUUCUACGUGAACACUGAAAAGAGAGAGUUUAAGAAGAGAUAUUCAUGUGAACCAGGGAGAUUAUACAUGUCCUUGACUCUGCCAUGUCAGAUGAGCCCCCAAAUCCGUUGUCUGAAGGGGAUGGUAUCUCUGAAUGCAUUGUCUGCUUCACACCAUAUGAUGCCCUCUUUCAUCUCCCGAAGAUACUCACCUGUGGUCAUGUCUUCUGUUUGGAGUGUCUUUCUCGUAUUACUGUGGGGUCUACAGAACCCGAGUCUAUCCCCUGCCCUAUAUGCCGGAAGCCAACACCACUGCCACCUAAGAAGGGUCCACCAGCCUUGUCUACUGACCAAGACCUCCUGAAGAGUUUGAACAAAACACCUAGCUGUCCAAUUCCCAGCUUAAGAUUCAGUCGACAACGUGGUCUAUUAUAUAUCGAAAAGAAGAACUCUCUUAAUGUCAGCACGGUCAGCCUCAGUGUGGAUCUGGGGCGUCCUCCACCUCCUGCCCGAUCUCCCAGAAAUCUACGAUCAUUGUUCAGGAAUGGUGGUUGUCUUUUUUAUGGAUCAAUUGGGGCAGCUGUUUUUCUUACCAUAGCUCUUGUUUUGGCUGGGGUGUACAUAUUCUACCUAGUUCCUUUUUCAAUGAUUGGUGGAGGAGGGAACAAUCCACCGGGCCCUAAUGGGGUCAACAUUACCAGUGGAGCUGUAAAUAACUCUAUAGGACCAGGACAUAAUUAGAUGGAAAUAACCAGCACCUUUUAAUGGAAGGAUUUUGUGUGUGUAUUUAAUCAAGACAUUUUGACUACCUUGUUCUACAAGAGAAUGGUCUCAUUUAUUGUAAACUUCUUCCCAUAUUCUGAAAUAAUUCCCAAGCUUUGUAAUGCUGGUUCAUUCAAACAAAAAAAACUGUCUCUUGAACUACAAAACUGUCUCAUUUCAUUAGAAAACAUUGUCGAUUAUUAUAAAAAGUGUCAAUGAAAAUUCUAUGUAGUUUAAUGGUCUAAUUGGAUGGGUGGUAUCAAUUCAUUUCUUAAUAAUACUUUACUAACUCCUUGAAUGUAUGAAUCUUUGGAAAGAUGUCUAGUAUGUGAUAACAAUUGGCUAAGUAAGCUCUAAGUUUAAGUGAAAUCAAUGAAAAAUAUUGCUCUUAAAAUUAGUGCACUGAUCAAGCAAUCACUAUGUAUAUUAUAUGAAGUUGGGUCAGUUCAUUUGCUGCAUAGUUAAAAGGAUAUGAAAUUGAAAAUGUGUUGUUUUUUUUUAAAAUAUAGGAUAUAUUCUCAUGGUUUUCUUUGUUGAAGAGCAUAUCUAGGUAGAUAGUGUUUACAUGUCUGAAGCAAUAUAUAGCAGAAAAUUUGCAAGAAUGCUUUAAAAAAAUGUUAUGCACUUUUGAGCAGCACUAGCUAGCAGCAGUCAUGUACAACGUAUAACAUUGUUAAAAACAUUCUUGCAAAUUUGCAAUAUAGACGUGUGCACGCUGCCUAGGUAGGUAUGUUCUACAACAAAGAAUACCAAAAGAACAAAGUUAGUUUGAUAAUAGAGGUAAUUCGUAAAGUUUUUUUUAAUGAAAAAAAUUGGAGUUCAUGUCACUUUAAGAAUAGAAUUCUGAUCAGUCUCUUUAGGGAGUGUGGAAAAGCAUAUUUUUUUACAGUAAAAGCAAGCAAAGCAAAUCAGGAAUAUAUAUAUAUAUAUAUAUAUAUAUAGUGCAAUGUUAUUUAAUUUCAAAUAAUUAUUAGGGAGAAUUACAUUUUAAGAUUAAUGUCCAUUUAAAAACAAAAAGAAAUUGCCAAUAUUGGGGCAGAUUACGAGUGGAGCUCAAUAUUGCGCUUACGCAAUAUUUGCGCUCCACUUAGUUAUACCAUCGCACAUAAAUGUGCACUGGUAUUACAAGUACAGCGCAAUGCGAACACAACCUCACGUUCUCAUUCCCGAAAGCCAAGUGCUCAUGAGAGCGCACUUCCAUAGUCUCCAAUGGGAGCCUCAAUUUCAUGGCAGCAGCCACGGCAAACAACCUAGCGCAGUGCAGGGGACAAAUUGUGCAGCUUUGGAUAGCAAUAAAUAUAUAUAUAUGUAUAUAAGCAUAUAAACACAUAAAUAUAUAUGUAUAUAAACACAAAUAUAUAUGUAUAAGAGCACAUAAACACAUAAAUAUAUAUGUAUAUAAACACAAAUAUAUAUGUAUAAGAGCACAUAAAUAUAUAUGUAUAUAAGCAUAUAAACACAUAAAUAUAUAUGUAUAUACACAUAUUAACACAUAAAUAUAUAUGUAUAUAAGCAUAUAAACACAUAAAUAUAUAUGUAUAUAAGCAUAUAAACACAUAAAUAUAUAUGUAUAUAAAUACAAAUAUAUAUGUAUAUAAGCAUAUAAACACAUAAAUAUAUAUGUAUAUAAGCAUAUAAAUAUAUAAAUAUAGUUGUAUAUAAGCACAUAAAUAUAUAUGUAUAUACACAUAUUAACACAUAAAUAUAUAUGUAUAUACACAUAUUAACACAUAAAUAUAUAUGUAUAUACACAUAUAAACACAUAAAUAUAUAUGUAUAUAAGCAUAUAAACACAUAAAUAUAUAUCUAUAUACACAUAUUAACACAUAAAUAUAUAUGCAUAUACAUAUAUGUUUAUAGUGAAAACACCAUCACCCAUUGACCUCUAUGUAAAGGCACACCCCACAUCCCCUCACUAUAACUCCUUAUAACUGCUUCGUACAGUUUAAAAAAAAAAAAAUAAUAAUAAUAAAGAUGCUCAUGUUUAUAUUUUAUAUUCAUAUACUGUCAUCUUUAUUUUGGGGGCAAUCGGGGCAACUUUUUAUUUUUAACCAGAGGUCUGACCUCUGGUUAAUUGCGCUUAGUGCAAAGUGAAACCCCAAUCUCGCAGUUACUUUAACCAGCCACUUGUAAUGGCAGGUUAUUUAACGUGCACCAGUAAACGGGCAAAUUUGCGGGCGCACGUUAAGAUAGGGCUCCAUUCGUAAUAUGGCUCUUAACAAGCUUGUUACAUUGUAACUGCUGUUAGGUAGAGGUGCUGGUGUCAAAAUCCCUCUUUUAGAAAAAAAAAUUGGGGCUUGGAGGAGAUAAUAGUUUUAGCACCUUUUUGUGUAACUCAGCUCCAAAUAUUGCACUUCUGACAAUGCUAAACCUGGGAAUUUAAUGUUACUAUAAACAAUCGGAAAACGUAAACUAAUAAUUUUUUUUAACAAUUAACGUAAAGGUAUCCACUGCUUUGCUCAAUGAAAAAUCUACCUCACAUUUGAUAUAAAAAAAAAAAUCCUUUAUUCUUUUCAACUUAAAAGUACAUUAAACCCAAAGUUUUUCUUUCAUGAUUCAGAUAGAGAAUACCAUUUUAAACAACUUUCUAAUUUACUUCUAUAGUCUAAUUUGCUUCCUUCUUUUGAUAUACUUUCCUAAAAAGCAUAUCUAGAUAGGCUCAGUAGCUUCUGAUUGUGGCUGCACAUAUUUGCCUCAUGUGAUUGGCUCACCCAUGUGCAUUGCUAUUUCUUUAGCAAAGGAUAUCUAAAGAAUGAAGCAAAUUAGAUAAUAGAAAUAAAUUGAAAUGUUGUUUAAAAUUGUAUUCUUUGUCUGAAUCAUGAAAGAAAAAUAUUGGGUUUAAUGUCCCUUUAAAAUAUUUUUAAUUUUGCAUUAUCAAUUAAGGCACAAUGAGGUUAAAAAUUAGUUAUUGAAAAAUGAUUUUAUAUGUUUCAUUGAUUAGUAUCUAUUAACAGAGUAAAUAUUAUAUUGGUUUACGCUGGCUCAAAGGUGCUACUGUGAAAAAGGAGUUAGGAUUAAAAAUAGUGUUGGUAAGGGUGCAGGUCAUUUUUGAGAUCAGUAUUUGAGUGAUUUUUAGCCAUAACUGAUACAAGGGAUGCUGGGAAUUAAUUUCUCAGUUUGAAACAACUGUGACUUGAUAUAGACAAAAAAAAAAAAUCGACAUAUGCAAUGUUUUUUUUGACAUUCAAAUUUAUUCUACCAUACACUUGUAUAAAUAGACUAAUGGUAACAUUUGAAAUUUAUUUUCAAAUGUUGACUUUUGGUUAACUAAUAUUGAAUAGAAGUCUGAUAUUGAAAAAACAAACGCUUGCAUAGAGAGACAUUUAUAUAUAUAACAUUUAUAUUUUAUUAUCAUUUUUUUGAGCAUUUUAUUAUGAUAUAUAGAACUCUGCAUAGUACGAUAAACAGCUCUCAAACCAAAAUUCUGAUUGAUUUAUAAUCUUAUAAUAUAAUUAUAAUCUACUCAUACAUAGAGUUUUUGAAACUCGUGCCCUUUUGAGAAUCAACAUUUAAAUGUCAAUAUUUGAAUAUCAUUUAAAAUUUACUUGCAAAAAAUAAAUACUCAGAAAACAUUGGAUAUCCAUUUAGAACGUAUGACUGCAGUCAACAAUUUUUUAAUAAUGAAUGUGAACUUUUUCAUAGCCCUUUUUAAAGCAAAGUAUGAUUUUACUAUAUCAAUAAAUAUAUCAGAAAUAACAAUAAAAAUGAAAGGGCACUUUUUAAAUUGUGGUUGAAACUUAAAACCAAAAAAAUGUUAAAAAUGUUGUCUGAAUUUUUUAAAUAUUAUUUUAGUGAUUUCAUGCUCAAAUGACCUAUUAAAACUCUUGUUGACACUUAUAUAAAAGCGUUGUGACCUCAUAAAAAAUGUAUUUAUAGAAUGCAGACCUGGGAAUCUGUUGUUAUUAAUAUAAUUUUAUGAUGAUUGUUUUGUCAUCAAGAGGCUGUUGGAAUGAAGAGCUGAGUCAUGAGAACAAGCUCACUGACAGCUCUUUAUAGUAUGUGUACAGAUUACUUUUAUUUAUCAUGGGGAUUAAAGGGAAUUUUUAAUUA